AUGCAUUCCUCAAACACACUAAGCCUGCUCUUGGCGGCUUUCUCUGGUUACGCUUCUGCCCUCCCCCAUUAUCCUGCCCCUCCUGUUCCUGGCGUUCCUGGUGAUCAUCACCCUCCCGGACCUCCUGGCCCUCCAGGACCUCGAGGACCUCCUAAUCCUCCUCCCCCUCCAUCUCCCUCUGCUCCCGCUCCCGGCCCUCCCCACGUUUCCCCUCCAGGCGUUCCUACUGCUCACGUCUGCAACGGAACUUACCAGGGCAAGCAUGACACCACGUAUGAUCAUGAUCUGUUCCUUGGCAUGCCCUAUGCCCAGCCUCCCGUAGGCCCCUUGCGUUUCUCUUCACCCAAGUCACUUGAUAAGGCCUGGAAGGGACCUCGAAAUGC